AUGGCUGCACUUGGCAAUAAGCUGAUUGAAUCUUAUAGGGACCAGCUUCACUGUGAUGUAAAUAUCAAACUUAAAGAUGGGACAGUUCGAGCCCUUAGAAUAGUUUUAAGUUUGGGUUCAGAUUGGUUUAGAGCACGGCUCAGUGAGAAAUGGGAGUCAGAAUCCAAUGUCAUUACUUGUGACAUACACUCUACAGAUGUCACAAAAUUCAUGAUAGAGUAUUUGUACAUUUCUCAGAUUGAAAUUUCGGUUGAAAAUAUAGAGGAAAUAUACCAAAUUGCAGACUAUUAUGGUGUGAAAGGCUUGAUUGAAGAAUGUAUUCUCUUCCUGCAGGAAAGCAUCUCCAUUAAAAAUUCACUAAAAAUCCUUACAAUAGCCCAUAACAACCAAAUAGCAACCAUAAAGGCACAAUGUCUUCAGUUUGUGGAUCUUCAUUUGGAAGAUAUUCUUGGUUUGGUUGCAGAGGAUUUUUUGGAUAUCCCCUAUGGAUUGCUGAUGGAUAUCAUCACAAGAGACAGUCUCAGCAUCCAUGAAGAGCUUCUUUUCCGCAACAUUGACAUGUGGAUAAGUACCAUUAGGGAGGAAGAAAGAAAGGGUAUCUUGUGGAAGGAAGUGAUUCCUCAUGUAAGGUUUGGCAGGAUGUCCAUGGAUUUUUUCCUUGACCAAAUAGCAACAAUAGCUAUCCUCGAAGAUGCCUUUUCACUUCAAGUUAUGCGUCACUUGUCCACAUUAGAUGACACGCUCCCCCUUCGGUACAUUAAAAAAAGACAGAGUAUAACUUGCAAUGACAUAGUUGUGCAUCGUUUUAUGAAUUGCAGUUCUGAAAGUACAUGGCUUGUGGACAAUACCUUAAAUGGAGACAGAAUUUCUUUCAGCAUCAAUUCCGAAAAUAUGAAACUUAAAGGUCUUGUUGUGUAUGGUAGAAUAGAGGCACGUGGCAUCUUUUCUGCAAUGAUUUACACUGAAAAUGGACAAACUCUCCUGGUUAAAACACAAUCAAAAGAACAAUGCACAAAUUAUUCCAGUAUUCACCUUCUGUUCCCUACACCAUUGCUCCUGCUUAGAGAUGCAGUGUACACUGUAGUCCUGAAAGUCAUUGGUGGUCCAACCAGCUAUGGAGUUGGAGGUCUGUCCAGUACUUCAGUUGUCUUGGGAGAAAAUAAUACUCUUACAGUAAAGUUUUCAGGAGCAGGAUGUGGACACACCAACGUUCACACUGGGCAAAUUAAAAGACUUAUUUUCAAGCAAGUGUAA